UGUAAUUUUAGGAAUCUGUAGGUAACACGUACAACAGAAGUUUUUUUUUUUUUAUCAACCACGCACACACUCCAACACUGUUACUAAUGGCAGUUGCAUGAGAGCUGGUUUUUCCUGACAUACUAUGACGGAGGAAUUAUUUAUAUUGUUAUCUUCACUUCAUCUGUAUAAGUAUUUAUGUGUAGGCUUCAUUUGAAGCUAAACUUUGGCACUGUUAGUUUAGGCUGAGGACUUUGUUCUACGGUGUGUAGGUUGUGUAUGUUAACUGACAGCAACAUAUCAUGUUCAGCAGGUUUUUUAUGAAGUAUGCAAAGUUUGAAGUAUUUUCAACCACAGCUGUUCAAAGAUAGUAGUAAAGCUGCUCCUGAGACAGAGUGGAAGAUAAUGCAGAAGCUACGUCAAAUGGAAAUAGGAAAGAAUGGUACAAAUAAGAUUCUGAAUAAGGCCCCUAUCCCAAGCUAUACUGACAUAAAUCAACACAAACCACAUACGUUUUCUUCAAUUUGACCCUACAUAUUUCUUAAAUCAACUCAGUUUUUUUGUGUUUGUCGAGCAGGGACAGAAGGGAAGAUGGGGGCAGUGUGUGGGGACCCAGCAGCCAUUUGGCCUUAGGUGUGAAGCUCCACACACACCUAUUUAACAGAGCCAGUCACCGCUGUGUGCAUUUGAAGCAAAGUACAGCACAGAGGUAGGAACAAAGUAAAGACCAGGAGCAGAACAUUUUUAAAAAAGGAAAGGUCUCCAGUAGAACAGAAGGAUUGCUGAUUUGUGAAAGGAUACAGAGAAGGAGUCAGCAGGAGCUGAGGACUGAAAUGUCAGUUUGAAGAGGACGAGUAGACAGACUAACACGGACAAGGAAAAUGCUGAGCCUGGAGAUGUACCCCAGUUUGAGUCUGGGACCACAAAGGAUUGGAGACUGCUUUUUCAGAGAACGGCAGCCUCCAGCACACAUGCCUUUGUUCCCCCAAGCCUGCGAUGUGAACCCCAAAGCCCUGCCCCCUCGACUUCUGGCUCCUCCCCCUGGACCCAACGAGCCCGCCACAAACACCCCAAAAGAAGAGGUGAAGAUGGAGCUGGAGAACGCCAAUCUAUGGAAACAGUUCAGCUCGGUGGGCACAGAGAUGAUCAUCACAAAGAAGGGCAGACGGAUGUUCCCCGGGUUAAGGUUAAAGCUCUCAGGCCUAAACCCCUCUCUCAGAUACAUCCUGCUCCUGGACAUCAUCCCUGCAGAUAACUCCCGCUACCGUUUCCAAGGUGGCGGCUGGCAGGCUGUGGGUGGGGCCGAGGCGAGGCUACCAGACCGGGUUUUCAUCCACCCUGACUCCCCUGCGACGGGUGCUCACUGGCAGGACCGCACCAUCUCUUUUCACUACGCCAAGCUGACAAACAACACACUGGACACCCAGGGACAUAUAAUCCUGCACUCGCUGCAUCGCUAUCAGCCCAGAGUUCAUGUCAUCGAAGCCAGAGACGUGCUGAGGUGGGGCGGAGGGCAACACUCCUUUGUUUUCCCUGAGACCCAGUUUAUCACAGUCACAGCGUACCAGAACAACAAGAUCACAGACCUCAAGAUCAACGCCAACCCGUUUGCUAAAGGCUUCAGAGAGGACGGCAUGAACAGCAAAAAACAAAGAGACGCAAGACAGAAGCGCAAAAUAUCCGUCUCGUCAGAAACCUUGGAUAUUGUGAACUGUGAUCCAUGCGACUCCACUGAGCACCUGCCACAGUCUAUAACCUCCACCUCCAGCACCGCAGACCUGCAGGCCCUUGCCCUGGCCUCUCUCCCUCCCCUGCCUGACCCCUCCUGUGGGUUCAGACCAGGCGAAGCAGCGUAUCAGGACACUCUGGUCCCUCAGCAGACACUAGACCUCGGCCAGGCGUUCAUGGCUUCCCAGAUCUCAGACAUCGGCCUCUCCAUGGCCAGUGGGAUGCAGGACACGGCAGGAAGUGAGAUGGCAAAUAGUAUGAUUGAAAGAUCAGACACUCUGGGUGAACCAGCUUACACCUCCACGUUCCCUGCACCCGAGGCCAACUCCUCCUCUUUCCCCUCAGCUCCUCUCCCCCCACCAUCCUCCACCUUCUCCUCCCUCUCCGUUUCUGACAUUUCUGAUACAUCUAAUCCUCAUCCUUCCAUCCCUUCCAUGGACUAUCCCUCCAUCCUCUCCUCAUCCCCCAUUCUCUCCUCCUCGUCCACCACCACUACUCCCUCACUUCAGCAGACCACUUUCACCUUCCCGACCCCGCCUCCUUCUAACUCCUCCUCUCCACAGCCGCUCCUGUGCUCCUCAUCCUCCUCCCCAGCUGCCAACACCUAUCACACCAUCCCAGAGACAAUCAGCCCACACACGCCUACGGACGACUCUUUUUCUGCUCCGUCUGGUCUGCAGGAUCAAAUAUCAGCUCAUCUAAAUAACUCACCCAGCGAUCACAGCUCAGCAGCUUUUAUCUAUCCUAAUAGCCUUCCUGCAAAUCCCGAUCCUGCUCCAGUUACUUUUCCGCCCUUCUUCAAUCAAAACCACCAUCCUCUUCCCACUCUGCCUUGCUCCUUUCCCCCUCACGGCGCCCCCACGUCUUUCCCCCUACCCUCUGUCCCUUCACACAUGCAAAACCUAGCGUUCCCAAACAUGCACCAAAACUCUGCCCACCCUGCCCUGCACCUCCAGAACCAAGCACCCUCCCUUGCUCCUGCCUUUACUCCCUCAACAUUCACACACCAACCAUCCUCCCUCCCUCACCCUCCUUUCCAACCCUCCUCCUGCUUUGCUGUCUCCUCCUCUUUCCAGCAGUCUGCUGCCUCUGCUCCCUCGGCACAUCCUCAAAACCUGCACAACCCCCCUCCUUCCUCCUCCACCACCUCCUCCUCCUACCCUCCACUUGAAAGAGGUGCCAUCCCUCAGUUCAAUCCUGUUGCACCUUACCGCCCAGAUAUGGUGCUGCACCACCCGUCUCCUCCCCAGCUGGAUCCAUCGCAUCCCUCCAGCAUGCCCUCCUCUAACCCACCUCAGGCCCUCUACCAUUCCUUUCCGUCCUAUCCUCUCCGGCUCCGUCAGGACCCUCACUCGUCCCUCUCCAUCCCGUUCAGGCAUCUGUACGACAGCACCAGCAUGGCCACCCACACCCCCAAGGGUCCUACCUUGAUAUGAGCACAAGAGCUGUGUUUUGAAAAGCCUAAUGUGGACAGAAUGAUUUGGUUUAAUAGCGCUUUUAUGACCCUUUUUUUUUUUUAACAAUUUGUAGCAUUAGUUCAAGUAGUCCAGUGUACUACCAGUGUGUGUGUUUGUGUGUGUUCCCAACAAUUCAGGUGAUGAACUGAUUAAUGAAAUUGAUUUAAAUGUGUAAAUAGCUGUAUUUUCUUUUCAA